CCUGCGCUUCUGCCACAACCCCCCAGCAUGUCCACAUCCCCUGCUGAGUCCACCGUGAGCGCUGGCCUGGAGGACAGCCAGUCAGGGCUCAGCCCGGCCCCCGGCAAAGCCCUGAGCCCGGUGCUCACAUGUCGGGUGUGCGGCGACACCAGCAGUGGGAAGCACUACGGCAUCUAUGCUUGCAACGGCUGCAGCGGCUUCUUCAAGCGGAGCGUGAGGAGGAAGCUCAUUUACAGGUGCCAGGCUGGGACGGGGAUGUGCCCCGUGGACAAAGCCCACAGGAACCAAUGCCAGGCCUGCAGACUGAAGAAGUGCCUGCAAGCAGGCAUGAACAAGGAUGCCGUGCAGAACGAGCGCCAGCCCCGCAGCACUGCCCAGGUCAGACUCGACAGCAUCCCGCUGGACACAGACCUCAAGCCUGUGCACCUGGCCACCACGCGGGAGGCCCCUCCGCCGCUUUGCUCCACCCUGCCGAGCCUCAGGGGCCCCAGCUCCUCUGUGCCAGGCACCCUGGGACCUCGGGUGCCCACUCCUCCGAGUAACCACCGCUUCAUGGCCAGCCUGAUGACAGCCGAGACCUGCGCCAAGCUGGAGCCCGAGGACGCCGACGAGAACAUUGACGUGACAGGAAACGAGCCCGAGAGGACCUCGACUGAGUACCCGAUGUCCCCCUACCCAUCCACCAGCCCUGAGAGCGUCUAUGAAACUUCUGCCCGCCUCCUCUUCAUGGCGGUGAAAUGGGCAAAAAACCUGCCCGUCUUUGCCAAUCUGCCCUUCAGGGACCAGGUGAUUUUGCUGGAGGAAGCCUGGAGCGAGCUGUUCCUGCUCUGCGCCAUCCAAUGGUCCAUGCCCUUGGAAAGCUGCCCGCUGCUCUCUGUGCCUGAGCUCUCCCCCAACAUCCACGGGAAACUGGUGUCUGCCAGCGUGGACAUCCGCAUCCUGCAGGAAACCAUCAGCCGCUUCAAGUCCCUGACCACAGACCCCACAGAGUUCGCGUGCAUGAAGGCCAUUGUGCUCUUCAAACCAGAGACACGAGGCCUGAAGGAUCCGGAGCAGGUGGAGAACUUGCAAGAUCAGUCGCAGGUGAUGCUGGACCAACACAACCGGACACACUACCCCAGCCAGCCUGUCAGGUUUGGGAAACUGCUCCUGCUCCUUCCCUCCUUGAGGUUUAUUUCCUCAGACCGGAUCGAGUUCCUCUUCUUCCGCAGAACUAUCGGGAACACUCCCAUGGAGAAGCUGCUCUGCGACAUGUUCAAAAACUGACCUGUCCCUCUUGCGACCAGGGUCCCUUGAUGUCAGUGUUGAGGGCUUCCUGGAGCGGCACGAACACUGUAGUUCCAAGCACCUGGUUUCUAAUGCACUGAGCCAAAGAGCAGGUGAAAGGAAUGUGGAGAUCCCACUCAGUCCUGAGUGAGUUGUCCAAGUCAACUGCAUAUCUACCAAUCCUGACAUAGUAUGGCCCAGGAUUAAUCUCUGUUCACAAGCAGCUGCAGCCAACUGGAAAUUGUUUCCUAUCAACAUUCAGAUCAUUGUAACCCAUUGGGGGUUUCAGUCACUCCCAGGAAGUCACACAGCAGAUUCUCUGACUCAGAAUUGAACAGAAGUUUACAAGCUCCAUUAGUAGAACCACAAGAAUCACCUGGUACCUACCUACUAAGAUGAAACUAAUGUUACAUAUGUGAAGAACACAAACUCAUGGUGGAAAGCCAGGACACUCUACUAACACCACCCCAAUGGGGGUGGGCAAAUGCAGCUCUUGAUGCAAAGUGAGGCAUGAACAUCAGCAAAAUUAAUGAAAAAAAUGAAAGUCUGAAAGAGAUCCAGGCUCAGAAGGUCUGGUCCUGGAAAUCUUCACACGUCCUGCCAUGGGCUAUGGCCCAGAUGGUGGCCUAGGAGGGUCAAGGAAAAGGUGACUGUCAGUUGGAGGGGGAAGAAAUGAACUUGCCUUUGGUAUUUGCUGAACCUUAAAUAGGGGAUAACCAGCAGCAUAACAUCACCUGUGCAAGAUGUGUUUUUAAGAUUACUUUUUCACUGGGAUUUCCUACCACACACCAGGUUCUAACAAGUGAUCCGGACACUGACUUUAAGGAAGACUAUGAUGUUUAACACGGGAUGCAUGGUCUGUUGUCUUGAAACAAUGCUAUAUGGCACCUUGCAUUCUCUCAGACUAGGAACACUUGGUGAUGGCAGAACAUCUACUAUUGCAUUUGAACUGAGAAAUGUAAGUAGAGUUUGCAGAGAAGUUGAAACACACCCUGGACUUGUAGCCUCUCUUUUGAAACCCUAAUUGCAGCUAGGAGAGCACAGCUUGGACUCAAAGACCUGGAGAGGCUGAUGUGAUCUCUGCUACCGUGUCUUCUGAACUGAAGAGCCUUUCUGUGCAGUAAAGGAGGAAGGCUGCUGAUGCAGAAAAGCUGCACUGUGGGAGGCCGUGUGAGUGUAAUGACCCAUAUCGCACUGCUGGGCCUUGAGUGUGUUCCGGCAGCAUGACACCCUCUGAGCAGUGCUAUCCAAGCAGUCAAAUGGGACGCCAUGUUCUGAUAGAGGCAGGGUUUUGCAGUGCCUUGCAGGAGAAGCGAGCAAUGGAUGUUGUUCUCAUGCAGGAAGGACAACUGUUAGAGGAUCUGUUAGCAUGUCAAGAAUGCUUGAUAGGUAUAUUUGCAUGAGGAGAACUGUCGCCUGCAUCAGUGUCAUAGACUCCUCUCUUUGGAGACUACAGUGACACUCUAUGUCCCAAGCAUUCGCUUGGCUGGCAAAUGCCAGGGUUCUGAGGUUAAAGAGUUAAAACUCGUAUUGGUGAGCAGCAAAGGGAGCACCAAGGUUGCCUCGGAAAGGCUAUCGUGGCUUAGCCAUGCUGAUGUUGAGUCAAUGCCCUUCAACCAAGAGGGGGUGUGUGUAGCA